CCAGCGCUCCUAUCCUCUUAUCCCCUGCUCUCCUCCAUCCAACAUUCCAACGUGCUCUCCUCUCUACCGCCUCCGUCCCCAAGGCCAGAACUCUGGGGAACGCCGUGGAUCACCUAUCCAUACCACGCCACAGCUCGAGUUCCUCCUCUUAUGGCGGCGCUAAUCGCACUCUCCUCCAACUCCUCCUCAUCCGCCGCCAUUCUUGCUUCCCGAGCGCGAACUCUGAUUCCCUCCCCCACCCCUCUCUCCCCUGCAUCAUUUCCAGCCCACAUUCACCAUAAAAGGAACUUCCAUGGUGGAAUCGGAACCGGCUUCAGAAGGAGAGCACGCCGCUCCAUCAUCUCCAAUGUAGCAGCCCCCGAUAUCAGCCCCACUGAAGCAGCCAAGAAGCUGACGGACAAGGAAAGCCAGCGACCGGUGUACCCCUUCUCGGCCAUUGUCGGCCAGGACGAGAUGAAAUUAUGCCUUCUUCUCAAUGUCAUCGACCCCAAGAUCGGCGGCGUCAUGAUCAUGGGCGACCGGGGGACCGGCAAGUCCACCACCGUCCGUUCCCUGGUGGACUUGCUUCCCGAGAUCAGAGUGGUUGUCGGGGAUCCCUUCAACUCCGAUCCCGAGGACCCUGAGUCCAUGGGCAUGGAGGUCAGGGAGCGCGUCACGAAGGGGGAGGAGCUUCCCAUCACGACCACCAAGAUCACCAUGGUGGACCUCCCACUCGGCGCCACCGAAGACCGGGUCUGCGGGACCAUCGACAUCGAGAAGGCUCUCACCGAGGGUGUCAAGGCUUUCGAGCCCGGUCUUCUAGCUAAAGCUAACAGAGGAAUCCUCUAUGUUGACGAAGUUAACCUCUUGGAUGAUCACUUGGUGGAUGUGCUCUUGGACUCUGCAGCAUCCGGCUGGAACACUGUGGAGAGAGAGGGCAUCUCAAUUUCCCACCCUGCUCGAUUCAUCCUCAUUGGAUCAGGGAAUCCGGAAGAAGGCGAGCUCAGGCCACAGCUUCUUGAUAGGUUUGGAAUGCAUGCUCAGGUUGGGACAGUGAGAGAUGCAGAGCUGAGAGUUAAGAUUGUGGAGGAAAGGGCAAUGUUUGAUAGGGAUCCCAGGGGGUUCAGGGAGUCGUAUAAGGCCGAUCAGGAGAAGCUGCGGCAGCAAAUUGCAUCGGCUCGGAGCAAUCUUGCUUCUGUUCAGAUUGAUCAUGACCUCCGUGUGAACAUAUCAAAAGUGUGUGCUGAGCUGAAUGUUGAUGGGUUGAGAGGGGAUAUUGUAACCAACAGGGCUGCAAAGGCUUUGGCUUCUUUGAAGGGGAGAGACAAAGUGACGGCAGAUGAUAUUGCGACUGUGAUUCCAAACUGCUUGAGGCAUCGGCUUCGGAAGGACCCGCUGGAGUCUAUUGACUCAGGUUUGCUGGUCAUAGAGAAAUUCUACGAGGUUUUUAGCUAAACAACCUCAGCAGGUAACUACGUGAUACUUUAGUAAAAAUUUGGUGGAGUUUUUGCCUUUUCCGGCAAUUAUUCUUUGUUCUUCUCAGUUAAUUUUCUGUAAUUUUCAAGCGAAUGUAAAAUUCAGAUUUGCAUGGAUCGAGAUGAUUCUUGAAGUAUGUAGCUUUCCCUCUUUUUCUCUAAGAAAUCAGUUGUCACCUUUGUGAAUCCAAA